GUUUGUGAGACUCGCAACAGCUAGUUUAAGAGGCUAUAGCUGAAUGUGCAGCAAAGACUCUCAAGUGUAACUGCGCUCUUUGGUUUAAAUCACUCAUUUAGAGGCCAGCAAAAUGGAUAUGAAAAAGAGAAUUCACCUGGAGUUGCGGAACCGAACGCCAUCAGACGUUAAAGAGCUUGUGCUUGACAACUGUCGGUCAAAUGAGGGUAAAAUUGAGGGCCUCACUGAUGAGUUUGAGGAACUUGAAUUUUUAAGCACAAUCAACGUAGGCUUAACAUCAGUUGCCAAUUUGUCGAAGCUUAACAAACUUAAAAAGCUCGAGCUUAGCGAUAACAGAAUCUCAGGGGGUCUUGAGGUACUGGCAGAGAAGUGUCCCAGCCUCACCCAUCUCAACCUCAGUGGCAACAAAAUUAAAGACCUCAGCACCAUCGAACCCCUGAAAAAAUUGGAAAGCCUCAAAAGUUUAGACCUGUUCAACUGUGAGGUGACGAACCUGAAUGACUACAGGGAAAAUGUUUUCAAGCUGCUCCCUCAGUUGAUAUAUCUAGACGGAUAUGACAAAGAAGAUAAAGAAGCACCAGACUCUGAUGCUGAAGCUUAUGUUGAAGGGCUAGAUGACGAUGACGAUGAUGAAGAUGAGGGAGAAGAAGAGGAAUUUGAUGAAGAUGCAGCUCCAGAAGAUGAAGAGGAAGGAGAGGAGGAUGAUGAGGAAGAGGGAGAAGAGGAGGAAGAGGAAGACCUCAGUGGAGAGGAAGAGGAGGAAGAAGAGUUAAAUGACGGAGAGGUAGAUGAUGAGGAAGACUUUGAGGAGGAGCGGGGUCAAAAGAGGAAAAGAGAGCCGGAUGAGGAGGGAGAGGAAGAUGAUGAUUGAACAUGCACUCCCCAUUGUGAUCUGACCGUUUAACCCCUGUAUAUCUGUCCUAUUGUCACUCUGCGAUUGGUUUGGGGAGGUAUUCAAAUGGUAGGGGGUGGGGUUAGUAUAAACAAGGACACAUUUAAAUAUUUGUUUUUAGCUUCUUUUUGUUGUUGUUGUUGUUUCCGUUUGGUUUGUACUUUCAGUUUGAUUCCCUUAAUAUUCUCAAAGUUUUUCAAGUGGCUGACAACACCGUGUGGAAAUUUAUUGUUGGAAACAAAAAGACCAGUAUACUCUGUAAUUUCCCCUCUCUUUACUGUUGAUGCCUAAAUGCUGGUGAUGACUUAUGUAUUAAACAAAAAAAACAAACAAAAAAAACCCCCAACCAAAAACCUUUUAGAAGUGCAUGGCUGACUCUGACUCUGUUUUAAAGUUGACUACUGGAUUUCAAGGAAGAACAUUUUCUAACCCACUUUUUUAUCGCAUAUUUGAUUUGUGUAUUGCGUUUCUUUAGUGUUUUUAUCAUAAUCAUUAUCACCACCAUGCACCACCAAUGUGCUGUUUAGGCAUGAAGAUCAUGAUGUCUGCUUGGACUUGCACAGUUCGACCUCUCAAUGUGACUUUUAUUUUAUUUUUUAAUGUUCAGAGCUGAAUGUCUGCCCUUGUCAAAUGAGUCCUAAACCCCUUCUCCCUUUUAUGUGGGUAGUUAAGAGGUUUCAUGUUCUUUGUAAAUAAUGACCAAAUAUAUUUUUUUUUCUGAUUUCCUUUGAUAAUGGCAGACAUUUUCACAAAUAAUCUCAGUUGUAACCAUUAACUGUAAUAAAAUGAAUGAAAACACAAGCAGCUGUAUUGUAAUUUUAAAUGUCUGUUAGAACUUUUAUAUUUAUGGCCACAGAAAAUCCACAUAUUGUAAUGAGCUUGUAAUAACACAUGAUUACACAAUUAGUCAAUAGAUUAUGUUUUAUGAGUCCUGUUAAGAGAUGGCAAGUGUAUAUAAUCUCACCACUGAAAUUUUGGGUUAAUUUAAGAUUAUGAAGUGAAAAUGCAUUGUGAAGCUCAGGGGAAAAUAGCUUGCAUAUUUUUUUGGUGGUACAUAACUGGAUAUUAUGUAAAUGUUCACAAACAACAUGCUGAUU